AUGUUUGCUUGUAAUGGUGUUUUAUUCAAUCACAAGCCUCCACGUAGAGGUCGUACUUUUGUAACUCGUAAAAUUUCUAGAGCCGUAGCUGAAAUUCACUUAAAUAAACAAAGUUGCAUAUAUCUUGAUAACAUUGAUUCUAAGCGUGAUUGGGGUCAUACAAGAGAUUACAUUGAAUUUGUUGAAAAAUCAUUUGCUGUAAUUAAUAAAACCAUUGUUUGGAAAAGCGAGGAUGAAAAUAUGGUUGGAAGUGAAGUUGACGCUGGAAUCGUUCGCGUAUGCGUAGAUCCAAAAUACUUCCGUCCAACCUAA